AUGAGUGUUCAGUUCCACGGCACGUCUCUUAACAUCUCUAAAAACAUUGGGAUCCUUGGUGUCGACAUCUCUAGUGAUGUACAAUUCCGUGGCCACCUCGAAGAUAAGGUGAAGCUGGCAUCUAAAAAACUCGGUGUGCUCAAUAGAGCGAACCAUUGCUUCACGCCGGAUCAGCGAUUAAUGCUCUACAAAUCGCAAAUCCGGCCCCAGAUGGAGUAUUGCUGUCACUUAUGGGCCGGAGCACAUAAAUACCAGCUUGAAUCUUUCGACUCGUUGGAACGACGAGCUAUGAGAGUUGUCGAUGAUCCCAGGCUCACAAGCGGUAUCGAACCUUUAAGUCUUAGGAGAGAUUUUGCCUCACUCUGCGUGUUCUAUUGCCUGUACAAUGGACUGUGCUCAGAGGAAUUGUUCAAUAUCACGGCCACUGUCUACCAUCGUACGGGUCGCCAUCGACAGGUAGUUCAUCCUCAUGUCCUACAGCCUCAAUGGUCGCGUACUGCGCAGUUUCAGAGAUGUUUCCUCUCACGAACAUUCAGGUUGUGGAAUGAGCUCCCUGCCCAGGUUUUCCCAAGAGACUACAGCAUGGGGUUUUUCAAAAGGGGGGUAAAGAGGUUUCUUCAGGGCCGG